AUGAAUAAUUGCUAUAAGGGGGAGAGGUGGUUGUGUGUUGAAGGAGUAAUAUUAAAGAGUAUGUUCAAUUGUUCUUUUAUCCUGGUCUGUGGUACACAUGAUAGAGAUUAUAAGAAUCAUGUUUGGGAGGAGUUAAGCUUUAUAGCUGGGUUAUGUCAAGUUUCUUGUUGCUUUCUGGGAGACUUUAAUGAAAUAGUACGUGAGGAGGAACGAAAAGGUGCUACUGGUUUAACUCGGUCUGCGGAAGAAUUCAAGAAUUGGAUACAAGAUAUGAGCUUAGUGGAUCUACCGCUCACUGAUUGUAAGUUUACAUGGUUCUGGGGACGUUCUUGCAGUUGUAUAGAUAGAGCUCUGCUUAGCUUAGAGUGGUUAGAAGAGUUCCCUGAGACUCGGCUUCGAGGUGGGCCAAGGGGCUUGUCGGAUCAUUUCCCUAUAAUAGUUGAGAACAGGAAUUUGACGGAUGAUCCAAGGCCGUUCAGAAGCCUAGGCUCGUGGUUUUUUCUCAGAAUAGUAAAGGAGGAAUGGAGAAGUCUAGGGGACAAACAGUUUACAAAUAAAUUGAAGGUUUUGACAAUUCCGUUGGGGAGAUGGCAUAAGGACAAUUUUAGAGAGAUGGACAAGAAGAUUGCAAAGUUUAAGGAAGAAAUCAAGAGAAUUGAUGAUAUGGUAAGCAAUGGAGUGUAUGAUGGAAUGAUGGAGGCUAGAAGAACAUGGCUGGUUACUUGCUGUGAGAGAUGGUAUGUGAGAAAGGAAGUACAUUGGAAACAGAUAUCUCGGUCUCGGCACGCAAAGGAUAUGGACAAAAAUACAAGGUACUUCCACAAUAUAGCAUCAACAAGAAGGCGGAAUAAUAUGAUUGAUACACUGGUAAUUAACGGCAGACGGGUCAUGAAUCCAGCUAGAAUAAAGAUUACUAUUAGAGAUUUCUACAAAGAUUUAUAUCAUCGAGAACGGUUUCCUAUGCUGGGUUUUAGAGAUGGUCUGGUGGAGAAGAUAGAUGAGCAAGACGCUGUGACUAUAGAAGUACUGCCAUCGACUGAGGAGAUCCGAGAAGCUGUAUGGGACUGUGAGUCUUAUAAGGCAUCAGGAUCUGAUGGGUACAACAUGAAUUUCAUUAAGAGGUGCUGGGGGGAGAUUGGGGCAGAAUUCACGGCAGCCGUUGUGGGGUUCUUCCAGAUGUCCAAGCUACUAGCGGAUUCUAAUAUCAUUUAG